CGUUCUAAUUUCUUUUGUGCUGAUAGCCUGUAGUCUUGUCUGACGUCGUUCAAGCAUCUGCGUCUUUUCUAGGAAACGCCCGCGAAUUUUCCUCCCCGCGCAAUCACGAUCUAGCGAAUCGAAUCUCUCAAUCGUUGACUCGUUGACUCGUUGACUCGUUGAUUCGUUUCUGGGAGAUCCUACGCUGAUCCGAUCUUCCUGCGAAACUCCUCGCGAUGUCCUCGACGGGUGGAUCCCAGGAAGGUGGGACUGACGAAAUCGGAACACAGCAGGGGGAGGCGAGCGGGCGCGCAGGGUUGGCGGAGGGGAGCGCGCCGACGGGGCAGGCGGAAGCGCGUGGGGAGGGGAAUCCGCCGUCGGGGCAGCAGGGGGAAGGGGAGGGGAGUGAGAAGGCGGAACCGGCGCAGCUGCAGGGGGAGGCGGGCGGAAGGAAGAAACCAGUGGUUGUGAUUGUAGUGGGCAUGGCUGGCAGCGGCAAAACAACACUCAUGCAGCGCCUGUAUGCCCACAUGCACGGCAGCAACAUCGCCCACUACCUCAUCAACCUCGACCCGGCAGUGCCCUCCGUGCCUUACCUUGCCAACAUCGACAUCCGAGACACGGUCAACUACAAGAACGUGAUGAAGGAGUAUGGGCUGGGACCCAACGGCGCUAUUCUCACUUCCUUGAACCUCUUUACAACCAAGAUUGAUGAGGUAAUCACACUGGUGGAGCGCCGAGCAGACACGCUAGACUACGUUUUCAUCGACACGCCCGGGCAGAUUGAAAUUUUCACCUGGUCAGCUUCAGGAGCAAUCAUCACAGAAGCCUUCGCGUCCACAUUCCCAACUGCCGUGUGCUUUGUGGUGGACACCCCCCGGGCGGCAAAUCCCGGCACUUUCAUAAGCAGCAUGCUGUAUGCGUGCGGGAUACUGUACAAGACGCGGUUACCGCUCCUGCUGGCGUUUAACAAGACUGACGUGGCUCGGCACGACUUUGCUGUCGAGUGGAUGCAUGAUUUCGAGGCGUUUCAGGCAGCAGUGGACCGUGACCCCUCCUACUCCGCCUCCCUCUCUCGCUCCCUCUGCCUCGCCUUGGACGAGUUCUACUCCAACCUGCACGCCGUGGGCGUGUCUGCCGUCACAGGAGGCGGGAUUAAGGAGUUCUUUGCCGCUGUCGAGUCAGCUAGAAAAGAGUACAUGGAAGGCUACAGGGUUGAGUUGGAGCAGAUGAGAGCAGAAAAGGCGAAGAAAGAGGCGGAACGGCAAAGUGCCGAGAUGACCCGGUUUCGAGCUGACUCGGUGGGAGAGAAGGAUGAGUUGGCGAGACGGACAGGGAAGAUGAAACUAGACGAGGGAGCAGAUGUAGAUGAUGAGGAUGAGGACCUGGUUGAGGAUGAAAUGGAGGAGGAUUCGGAAGAGGGGGAGGAUGACUACUAACUAAUUGUACGAAUAUUGCUAAUUGGGGUUUGGAAUAUAGUGGGGCUUUCUUG